AUGCCCGACAAGCGCAAAGCAUCCAUGUCUGCUCCAUCUCCUAAACGGCUCCGUAUCUCGAACGAGGAUGGAAGCGAUACCCUACCCUCUAUGUCGUCCCACGACCGGCCUCGGAACAACCCUAUCUACGGCCAGAAGAGCGCCUUCCCGGGGCUAGACGACGGCGGUGAUGAGCUGUUCUACGGACCUGCAGAUGACGGACUGGAGUAUCUACGCAUGGUCCGGUCUGAAGCAAACUCCUUGCCCUCGCUGUUUAUCGCGCCGAUCGCGAGAAUAGGCACUGAAAGAUUGGAGGCGGAUACGCAGAGUGAUGCAGACGCGCCGGAGCUACACAAGUUCCCGGCUGGGUUCUUCGAGGACGAGGCUUACGUCGCGCCCGUGGAGGCCGAUAAGGAGUCGGUCGCCGCCACUGAUCAACGAUUUCCCGACGCGCAGGUGUCAUACUAUAACCUCCUCCGACACCGGUUCCUCCUCCUCCGAUCGACCUUGCGUUGUACGCCCCCAGCGACCGCUAUCGCGGCCCUUGACGACGCUCAUCCCAUUAGCCUGCCAGAUCGCAACACAGCUGCACGCAAGGAAUGGCGGCGCUUGCUGCUCACAGUAGAGCCGCGAAUGGUGCAGCUGGCGUGCAUGGACUUGGAUAGUAUACUGAGGGUGCUGAGCAUACUGGCCCGAGGAUUGGGUGAAAACGUACGGGCCGGGGACGCCGAUCGCAUUCGACGACUUGGCGCUUGGGCCUGGGCGCUAUUGGGGAAAUGUCGCGAGGUCGGAGAGCUGGCUACGAAUCAAGUGGGAGAGUUACGCGACCUUGGCAAACGAGCUGUGAAGAUUCUGCAUAGGAUGCAGGAGACGGAGUCCAAGCGAUCUGCGGAGGAGAGUGACGCUUCUGAUUCGGAAGCAGGAGAUGGAGAGGAGGCUCAGACGGAGGAGGCGGUUCCAGUUGAGACCCCGAGCAAAGAGGCCCUAGGGGCAUCUGUGGAUCAGGCGGACGCCGGCCUGCUCGACGACACCGAUCUGUCCGCGGCGCUGGAGGCUGCGAAGUCACGUCUACAGGCCAAGCUACAGAGUAAAGCGGCUCCAGAAGUAGCCGCUGAGGUGAAUCAAGUGGAUGGAGAUGACCUGGCGCAACAAGCACGUGCUCUGCUUGAUAUGAUUAUCACUAUUGUGGGCGAGUUCUUCGGUCAGCGGGACCUGCUGGAUGCACGGGAGGUCUGGGGCAGAGAUGAUGCUAUGGAUGAGACGUGA